AUGUGGCUUGAUCGCAUAUCAGGCCACUCCACCCCCUCCGGUGUCCCUUUCGAUAGUCGCAGCAAUUCACCCGCUCCCCGGCGAUCUUCCUCCCUCCUGUCGCCUGCUCCACCGAACAGCCGUCCGAGCCAGAACCGGCAAGGCUCCUCGUUAUCCGUUCUGCUGACACCAAGUGACUCGACCACCUCUCUGCCGGCAACCGCACGCGGAGUCAAUGGCUCGGUUCUCAAACAAGGCGCUGCAAGGUCCCGUCCUUCCGAUGUAGCUGAUCCGCUCGAGGUGUUGAGGGGCAUUAUUGGAAAGCAGAAGGGUGACAUAGAGACAAAUGAGUGUCCGACAACGUCAGCCCCCGAAGCAAAGCCGUUGCACUUGGUUGAGUCGAUAGACUUCGGUGGCCUUAGUCUUGAGGAGUUCGUAUCUCAAGUAGGCGAGCCACGGAGAGCUACCCCUACCGAUGUCAGUGCACAAACGCUCCAGCAAUUUGAAAAGGAAAGAGAUAAGUAUCAGGAAUUACAUGCUGCCAUCACAAGCUGUGAUGAUGUCUCAAAAUCAGUUGAGAUGUAUCUGAGUGACUUCCAAAGUGAACUCGGUGCUGUUUCGGCUGAGAUAGAGACGCUCCAGACUCGGUCUGUACAGUUGAACGCGAUGCUGGAGAACCGGCGCAAAGUAGAGCAACUUCUUGGACCUGCCGUUGAGGAAAUCAGUAUUUCACCGAGAGCUGUUCGAUUGAUUGCCGAAGGACCCAUUGACGAGAAUUGGGUCAAAGCUCUGAAUGAGAUCGAAGCACGCAUGACGAGUAUAGAAGCCAAGGUUUCUGGUAGCAGCAGCACAAAAGCAAUUGAAGACGUGCGGCCGCUUUUGAAUGAUAUCAAGAACAAAGCAGUGGAAAGGAUCAGGGACUACCUAGUGUCCCAGAUCAGAGCAUUGCGUUCUCCGAACAUCAAUGCUCAAAUUAUCCAGCAGCAACGCUUGGUCAAGUUCAAGGACCUGUACAGUUAUAUUUCCCGAGCUCACCCUCAGCUUACGGGAGAGAUUACGCAGGCAUACAUUAACACUAUGCGCUGGUACUAUCUCUCCCAUUUCACUCGCUAUCUGCAAGCUCUUGAAAAGAUCAAAGUCUAUCCGAGUGAUAGGAACGAUAUACUGGGGGGAGACCCUUCCGCACCGAAGACAGGACAUAUCAUCUCCUCGGGUCGCUCUGGAUCCGCUGCGCAUGACCCAUUUUCGCUGGGGAGACGUAUUGACAUACUUCGUACUAGUAACCACAUGGCCCUGUCUGCAUAUCUCGCCGAAGAGGAUAAUGCGUUCCAUGGAAUUGAAGUUCCUUUCAGAAACUUCAACCUGGCCCUGGUGGACAACAUCUCGGCUGAAUAUUCUUUUAUGACGGAGAUGUUUUCCACUUUGUCCUUUCACCAGAUUUCUCGGAAGGCGGUUGAGAUAUUCGAACCUGUUUUCGCUCUGGGGCAAGGUCUUACAAAACAAUUGAUCGAGAACUCGACAGACUCACUGGGAGUGUUGAUCUGUGUGCGAUUGAACCAGCAAGCGGCAUUCGAACUACAGCGGCGGAAAGUGCCUGUUGCCGAUUCCUACAUCAACGGUAUCAACAUGCAACUUUGGCCCCGAUUCCAAGUUAUUAUGGACCUUCACCGGGAGUCCUUGAAGCGAGUGGCAUCCAACACCGGUCGCAGUGCUGUUUCUGCCUUGUCAUUAGCGGGAGGCGAUGACUUGACGCAAUCUUCAGCACCUCACUUUCUCACACAGAGGUUUGGUCAGCUCCUGCACGGGAUAUUAGUGCUGAGCAGCGAUGCCGGGGAUGACGAGCCUGUUGCGAACAGUCUGAAGCGAUUGACCGCUGAAUUCGAUGGCCUGCUAACCAAACUUAGUCGCAGCGGUGGUGACGCAAAGAGACGGGAGAAAUUUUUGUUUAAUAACUAUUCUUUGAUUUUGACCAUCAUCAGUGAUACCCAUGGCAAACUAGCAACAGAACAGAAACAGCACCUGGAUGAGAUGCUCAAGAACGUUGGAAAACGAGGCUAG